AUGGCGAGUGUCGACGAGCGAAUGGCGGCGUUUGUGGCGGCACUGGGCGAGUGUGUCGCGCUGGUGAAGGACUGGCAGUUUGCAGCCGCGGACCGAGCGUGGGCGGCGACGCUCGAGGUGCUCGCGAGCGCUGUCGAGGCGUGGACGACGUGUGCAGAGGCGUAUGGCGCCGGAUGUUGGCGCGAGGCCGACUCGCUUCGCGAGUGCUGGAUCAGGCACCUGGUGAUGUCUGCUGUUGCGCUCGGGGCAGAACCGGAAGAGCUGGGCGCGGUUGAGGUGAACGGACUGCCGCUGGUGGACGAAGAGUUUGGCUGA